UCUUUUCUUAGAAACCAAACUCACCUAACCACAAGAAUCCACAAGCCGACAACAGUUUGCAAGGUGAAAAUUUUUAUAAAAUAUGAAAUGUCAGAGAAAAAGUUGAAGAAAGAGCAAGCGAAGAAAGAUCUCUUAGCAAUUAUUAGGGAAAUUGCACGCGACAAAGAUGAUGACUUGAUUUUUGAUUUGGAGAAACUUCUCAAAAGAUGGGAAGCUGCUCAUCCUGGCAAGUUUAAAGACUUCGGGCUUGGCCAUGCGAAGCUAACAGGUUUCCUAAGAGAUGAAUGCAAUGUAGAACACAUUGAUGGCACAGAGUACAAGAUUGUUCAGAACAAAUCUAAAUCUGAAAAUGAAGCUCUUUGUCCAAGGCCUGUUCAGGAGAGCCAAAUAUUGUUCGAUAGCACUGCCGCACUGGAGGAAGAUGAUGUCACAGUUUGUGAGGCUAGGCCCGAAGAUGACCAAACAACUUCCCCGAAACCUGCAAUUGCUCUAAAUGAUUUGAAACAUGAAGUACUCACUGUCCUUCAAAAUUUUAUUUUGCAUGGAAAGAAAAAGCGUAGAAGAAGCUUUUUUACGAUCGAAGAACUUUCUUUGGCGUGGCAAGAGAAAAACCCUGGUCCGUUCAAGAAAUACGGAUACGGCCAUUUUAAAUCGUUUCUUGAAUGUCACUGUAAUUUUAGGAGACCGUCGGAUUGUAAACAGCGCGAUAAGUUUCAAAUUUCUUUGCAAGAUGUAGAAACAGAGCUAAAGAAUAUUCAAAUUUUUCGAGGAAAUGUUGUGAGUAACGCCAGUAAAAGCAACAAAAAACAAAAAAAGCUAGAAGUUAACGAAAUUUCCCCGGUUGGCUGGACAGGCAUUCAACACGGCGUUGACGGGAGCUCCCAAUCUCCACAACCUCAGGCAGUUAUUUUUCAAACAGAUAAAGUAUCUAGUUUCACUGAGACUAUUGCCUUGCCCUGCAAUGCCUCCAAUGCAAGUGUUUCAGCUCCACCCCAAGAAGUAGACAAUGCAUGUCAUUCAACCAAAGAAAGUGGCCAAAAUGAAGUUGUAGACCAGGAUACCCAGCAAUCAACAGUAUCAUUGGAGAGCACAAUUUCACAGUCAGAGAAGUACUUCUUUCAAGUUGUAACAGUUCUUUACAAAUCUGGUCUGGAAGGACUUCGUCGUCUUUUUAUGAAGAUACAUCCGACCUGGAAGAAUAGCAUGCAAGACAUUCAGAGUUUCAACAAGGGUCAACUAAGAUUGGACAGUCACGAGACUCGGAAGUUUAAAUCUGGUGAUAUAGGCAGUUGGGACAUAACGUUGAUGGCAAAAGUACUGCUGUAUUCUGACCUUGCAGUGUCAGCAUUGCAGAAUGACCAAAUAGACGCAGUGAAAAAAAUAAGGGAAAUAAAAAACACUAUCCUGUCACAUCAUGAUAGCAACGAAUUGACAAAAAGCGAGUUUGAAAAAAUAAUGAAAGAACUGAAACCAGCAAUAGUGCAAGUCGGAAUCAUCGAAGAAGAAUUUGAGACAACGUUGAGGAAUGCCGAUUUGAACAAAGAUAACUUAUACUACAAAAUGUUUCUUGAAGAACUUAGGCAGAACAAGAAAAUCACGGAAGAGAUUUCCGAAGGUAUCCAUGAAAUAAUAAGAAACUUGGAAAAAAUCAACCAAGGUGUUAUCAAACAAAGUGAAAUCCCAGAGUUUCUUAAGAAGCACAAUCCGAACAGUUGGACUCAGUGGCUAGAGAUAAAAAAACAUUUGAAAAAUUUUGACACUGACAACAAUCAAUAUAUAUUGGUUACUGACAGAAUCCCGUCAUUGGAUGAAGAGCAAGCAAAAAUUUUGGCUAAUGUUCCCUGGAAGUUAGUUCUAGAUCUGGAUCCAGACUCUGACAUCCGUGGAUUUCUAACUCAGUUCACCCCGGGUGAGACAAAAGGAGGUAUGAUUGAAACUUAUACCCCAAGUAACCUAAAAGAAGUUAACAACGAAAGCCUUUUGGACAACAAACGGAUGCAUUGGCUUUUUGUAAAUGGUAGGAAUUUGGAGUCAAAUCCAGCGAGCCAAAGGGACUUGCGUUUGUCCAAUCAAGACAUGCCAAUGCAAUCAAUUAAGGAUUGGAAGAAAAAUUACAAAACUCCGAUCGAGGAUUUUAUCAAAAGUUGUUGCAAAAGUUUAGACAGCAUGAAACCGACAUUUUGUGUUGUUCUAGAUAUCCAGAGAGGUGUUUCCACUCAGAUUGCCCAAAUUAUUGUCGAGAAAUUGGAUGAAAGAUUCAUUUAUGGUGGGUUCGCAAUGAGCUACCUAUCUUUUGCGCCUGAAAUUGAUAUAGAUGACCUUCCUAAUGCAGAAUUUUCAAGUCUACCUCUCAAUCUAUUUGUGACUGGUGUUUCUAGCCUCCUUGGUUGUUUUGAUGACAAAUAUCAGUUGCCCUCCAGUCAAGUUCAUUUGCCUGUCUCUUUGUCCAAGCAAUACAACUUCCUCACUGAAUACCUCGAAAUCAUGUACAGAGGCUGCGAAGAUAUACCAGAUGAACUGUCAGACGACGAUAAAGAAAAAUUCAAAAACAAGCAUUUGAAAUCAUUCCUUGCUGGCAAUGUUAUCACUUUCCCAAGCCUUUAUUUCCGUCAUGAUGCCACAAGAAACAUUACCACCGAGAUCAUUAAUUACAUCAGGUCUCUCCAAUCAAAGGUCUCCAAAUCACAGAUUGUUCAGAUAACGCAUGCUCCCGGUAGUGGUGGUACAACCGUUGCUCGAAGGGUCUUGUGGGAUCUUCAUACAACUGUUCCUUGUGCAGUCGUGAAGAUGGAAUACGCCCCUGAAAGCUUUGGUCCCGACUCAGAUGGGGAAAAAUAUCUUAUCAGCCUUUGUGAUAGGAUCUCCUUCCUUGAAGAUCGUUGUAGAAUACCUCCAGUCAUUCUAGUAGAUGGAAGUUCAAGAGUAGCACGCAUCUUGUCAGAUUGUGUUGUAAGGAAAAUGGAAGGACGAGCAAUUAUUCUUCGAUGUUCCAACUACCAGUCAGGUUCGGAAUCGGAGGACAGCUACUUUCAAAGCCACAGUCAAUUCAAGAUAAAUCCCGAAUUAAAAAACGACGAUGCAGAUUAUUCAGAAUUUAAGCAGAAGUAUGAUGAUUACAGUAAACGCUUUCCAAAUAAUUUGCCUGGAGCAGCAAAAGUCUCUAGAGUAUUCCAUUUCCCAAUGAUGGUAAUGCUUGGUGAGUUUAUAAAGCUAGAUGAGAUCGUGCAACAAUCUUUGGAUAUCGUGAAAAAGAAAAGUCCUGUAGAAUACGAGGUCGCAAUUUUGGUAGCAUUUUUGCAGGGACACUCAACAUUUUCCACACCUGCAUCCCUUCUUGCAAAGUAUUUCGAGAAGAAAAGUCAAACAUAUGAAGAAAUUGCGGGUAAUUUUUCUGCAAAUCUGAUAAAUUUAAUGGUUCCUGAGAAGGCACCCACAAAAGAGAAGUUCAUAGGUUACAGAGAUUCGCUGUGGGACAGUUCUGAUGACGAUAGAAGUGUCAUAUCUAUUGAUGAUGCCAGUGAAAUCGAUGAUCGAAAGCAGUCUAAGCGGAUAAUAAAAUCAUAUUCCUUUCAACAUUUAAAGAUUGCCAAUUUAGUGAUGAAGCACUCAGGACGAAGUUUAGCUGAAAUAACUGAAGACUUUAUACAUACAAAGGUUCUUGAAAGUUAUAAAGGAAAUAAAGACUACAAGUAUUUGAUAGAUAAUCUUUUCUUGUAUAAUAAGGAAAACAGUGAAGAGCAUUUUUCAAACUUAGUUCUAAAGCUUGACAAAAUUCCGAAUGGAGGGAGGAUACUGGAAGAUGCUGCGAAACAAACCAAAGACGUUACAUUUUAUUCACACGUAGCAAGAUUUUUUGCAUACAAGGGGAAGUUCCAAAAAGCAAGGGAACUCAUAAAAGAAGGAUUCUCUGCAGAAAAGAAUGCACCUGUUGAAAAAAAGCGAGGCGUUCACAACACUGAAGGAUACAUUGUGUUAAAGUGUAUGAAGAAAAAAAAGGAAGCUAAAAUAGAGAAUAUCGAGAACCUUAAAAGCUACGCAAAAGAGGCCUUAGACCUCUUCAGGAAAGCAAGAGAUAACCCACCAAGGGUUUACCCCAAUCCAUUGCUUGGAGAAGUUAACGUUUGGCAGUUUUGUCUUGAAUGGAUCAUAAAGGUUAAUGACUCUAAUGUGGAACAAGCAUUGAAGUUCAUUCUCCAGGACGAUUUCUUCAGCCCUUCUAUCAGUGAAUGCAUCUCGUUGCUGGAUGAAGUAGAUCAGAUAGUUCUAACAGUGCCAAGUUUGAUAGAUCCUGCACGCACCCGCCAUUUAGCUAAUGAUGCAAGAAUGGCACUUACGCAGUCGAUCGGAAGGUCGUUUAACAGUAAAAGGAAGACAUAUCGUGCUGUGAAUGUACAAUUACUGUGUAAAGAAAUCACUGAAAAGUACUUCCGAAGUGCAUCCGAAAGGGAGAUCAUUCGCCUGCGAGUGUUGUGGCUUUUCGAGCAGACAGAACGGAAACUUUAUUGCCUUGAGAGACUUGAGCGCCAAAAUUUGUAUGAUUGGUUGUGGAAGCUCGUUAAAGAUUACAACAUGUGGGUUCACACUCGUGAUCUUAUGGAUGCUGCUGCGAUCCAACCUAAGCCCCCCUUUUUAAUAGAUGACGCAUUGUCAUUGGUGAAUGAUUGGCAAAGAAAUAUACCAAAUGAUCCAUUGAGCUACUUCUUCAAAUAUAUUUUUUGUUUUCUCCUUGUCUGUAAUGGGGAAGUAUUCGACUAUAGAGCAAUAUAUGAAGAUGCGAAGGAAACAUGCUCUAAAAAAACCCAUAGCAACCCUAGAAAGAUUUGGCAGCAGUAUUAUUUAGGAAAAGAAGGCGAGAAAGGCAGCAUUUGCACAGUUCUGUCAAGAUCAGUUCUUGAGAGUAAAUAUGUUGAGAAAGACAAACCUAAGAAUUCAAGAAAUGAUGACGCAAAUGAACAUCGUCGCCACGAAGACCUACUGGACACGACAUUUUGGGAAACGCAUUGCAGGAAAUAUCUUCUCGAAUGCAAAGGCAGAAUCUAUCUGAGUCCUUCGACACCCAGAGGAAGAAGACAUCCUUACAUUAUGAUGGAGCCCGGAAACUUGAAAAUAGGGGUGCCCAGAAAUGAAACUGGUAUUCCAGAUCUUGAUUAUAGACCAGACUCGCGCGUUUCUUUUGUUGUUUGCUUCACUUUGGCUGGACCAAAAGCACGUGGAAUUCUUUUUCUCGAUGAUUCUCAACAGAGGGGAACCAAUGCCAGAUAUAAGAGACAGGGAAGCAGAAAUGAGAAAUCAAAGAACUGACUCAAAUCUGUUAUGUCGAUAAACUUAUUAUUAGUUCAAAAGGGAUGCCGUCCCUAGGCUGUAUAACAUGAAGGGUUUUAACCAGGAUAUUAAGCUUAAGAUUUCACAAACCUAGAGUCAAAGCUGUAUUAUGAAGUCUUUUGCAGCUUUUGGAGAACUUCUCGAUUUUGUUGUUUUUAACAAAUAGUUAUAAGAGAAUAUGAUGUUCCACAUAUAUAUUUGAUAAUCUGUUUAUAUUUGAUCAGGUAAUAAUUUAAAUCACAGUUGAGUAAACAAUAUGAACAAUAUCUUCAUUUGCCAAGUGGUACAUAUGGAAGAUAAUAUACUGGACCGUAGAGAACAUGUUAAACAUUUAUUUAAAUGGUUGCAAGGUGGAGAGAAGCAAGUUGUAUCUGUCUAGAACCUUUAAAAGCAGUCGCAGUUAAUAAAUGCCCUUUUGUUGUUGGAAUGAGGAACGUUGGUUUUAUGUUUUCAUGUUGUUCUAGUCUUUUCGCUAGGAAGUUUAGUUUGGAUUGGUAAAUACCUACCACGAACUUUAAAAUAGAUAUAAUGUAUAUCUCAAUAUUUAGACAUGUUGGAUUAC